GAAGAAGAAGCCCCCCGUGUGUUACGCGAACGCGAGUGAGUUGGUUGGUUAGAAGUUCGGUCGCGAAGGAAAACGCAGGAAAAAUCCUUUGCUUAUCGUCCCUCCCCGGUGUUCAUUCAACCCCGCACAGCACUGAAGCCCGGAUUCACAGCACCGAUGGAAAUCAGCAAAACGACAAUCGGCAUUGCGGCCGGCGUGGCCGGAACGCUGUUCCUGGGCUACUGCAUCUACUUCGAUCACAAGCGCCGCAAAGAUCCGGACUUCAAGAAGAAGCUGCGAGAGAGGAGGAAAGCAAAGAAGGCUGCUUCUGCAGCUGGAGGGCCAAGGACAACCAUGCCCAACAUGGCAGACCACGAAGAAGUGCAAAGAUUUUUCCUGCAGGAAAUCCAGAUGGGUGAGGCGCUCAUCUCUUCCGGUGACAUCGAGAACGGUGUCGAACAUCUGGCCAACGCGGUGAUCGUUUGCGGUCAGCCGGCGCAGCUCCUCCAAGUCCUCCAGCAGACUCUGCCAGCCCAGGUGUUCACACUGCUGAUCAACCGCAUGCGACAGUACGGCGGCCAGAGCGGAGGCGAUAGCGACCGGGCCAAACUACAGGACAUGAACGACGAUCUGGAAUAGUUUGGGUCAGAGUGGUGACAGUAGCCGGAGACUGGAGAUACCAAAUAGAAGCAAAGCAAAUCCUAGAGUGAAGAAGUGGCGUCGCACAUGCUGUUUGAUGUAUCGGAUCAAGUACUAUUAUAGAAUGAGAGGAAAUAACAGAAAACUUCAAGCAAAUCUGCGAAAUAGAAGUGCAUUAGUAUAGACAAAAUCAACCAACUAACCCAUGUUACAAGAAGCUUUUUGGUUGAACGACAUCGUUAAAUUGAUCGGGAUUCAUUUUCCCUACCUCCGCAUUCAAGUUUUCUUACUUCGUGUUCCGUGGUAUUCGAGGCAAUAUUUAAGUUACAUGUUACACGCGCGGUGUGUUGAUUUCGGAUUUGCGGUCUGCAAAUAACCGAUUAAUUGAUAGCUAGUUAAACGUGGAACCAUCAACUACUGUAAACUAUGUACUAAUAAAAUCGGAUCUUGAUGUCUUGAAUCGCAUGUACUUUCUCGCCCCAUACUUCGAUGUUCGUGGUGAGAUGCGCUAAAAAAGAAGAAGCGUUUUUUUGCCAAAUGCAAGCCGUAGUUCAUAUUAUGUCGUACUGGAAAAUACCAAGAAGACCCAGUUGUUGAAUUUGAUCAAAAGAAAACUUGAAUUGGUGAAUAAAAAGCUUUUAAAAACAGUGA